GCACAGUGGAUGCACGCGAACAUCCGAGGAAUGCGACCGUCUCCCGUGGACGAAGACACAGGCUGUUCCUGGGCGAGCGAGGUGAAGUGAUGGCAGAGCCGGCAGGCAGAGCGCAUGAGUGCACCACGUCCACUGCUGCGUAAAAACCACUGGAGAGCAAAGUGUGGAGACCAAGAAUGGAUUUUGCCAACUACACCGAGGGCGUGUUCGCGACAAGCACCGGCAGUUACGAGGCAGCGGAGACCGCCAAGGACCCUCCCAAGAAGAUCCUUCUCUCAGUCACGCUCUCCGUCCUGGCCGUGGUCACCACGUUCCUCAACUGCUUGGUGAUCACCGCCAUCGCCGUCACGCGCAAGCUGCAUCACCCGGCCAACUACCUCAUUUGCUCCUUGGCGGUGACGGACCUUCUGGUGGCCGUGCUGGUCAUGCCCUUCAGCAUCGUCUACAUUCAGAAGGAAAGCUGGCUGAUGGGCCAGGCGCUGUGCACCCUCUGGUUGAGCGUGGACAUCACAUGCUGCACCUGCUCCAUCCUCCACUUGGCCGCCAUUGCCAUAGACCGCUACCGGGCCAUCACCGACGCGGUGGAGUACUCGCGCAAACGCACUGGGGCCCGAGCGGGGGCCAUGGUGGCGGUGGUGUGGCUCUUGUCCAUCCUCAUCUCGCUUCCUCCUCUCCUGUGGCGCCACUACAGCGGGGAUGCGGAACAGAAGGACCAGUGCAUCAUCCUCCACCAUCACAUGGCCUUCACCCUCUACUCCACCCUCGGGGCCUUCUACAUCCCACUCCUGCUCAUCCUCAUCCUCUACUAUAAGAUCUACCGUGCGGCUCAAACUCUGUACAUGCGUCGGGAGGCCAGCAGGGCGAGCCGCCAGUCUUGCAUGACCAACGGCAGCAUGAUCCCGUCGUCCUACCCCGCCGCAGAUAUGGACACAGGGCCUCGGAGCCCAGAGCCCGUCAGCCCGCAAGAUAAAUCUUUCUCCGACCCUUCCACCGAGGAGCCCCCGCGCGAACGGGCGCGGAUUUCGGUGAAGAAGUUCCACUGCAAGUCCCGCCGGCACGAAUCUCGCAGUGAGUCACGGCGGAGCCAGCUCUCCCAAGGACCACGGAUCUCGGGCUCACGGGAACGCAAGGCCGCCUCCACGCUGGGCUUGAUCAUCGGCGCUUUUGUCAUCUGCUGGUUGCCCUUUUUCGUCAAGGAGGUGAUCGUCAACACGUGCGGCUCGUGCAGCACGUCGGUGGAGAUGGCGGACUUCCUCACGUGGCUGGGCUACCUCAACUCGCUCAUCAACCCGCUCAUCUACACCAUCUUUAACGAGGACUUCAAGAAGGCCUUCCAGAGACUCGUUCGAUGCAGCAGUUACCUCUGACGCUGACCGCUUGGUACGAAUUAGUGAUCGGAGCAAAGGAAAGAGUCUGACUUGCCUGAAAGGGAGAAAAAAAACAUCUCCCGAGUGGAAAAUGGGAGACACGUUUUCAGAGGCACUCGACGAGGCUCUUGAGUAUCUUCACCGCAGCAGCAGAGAAAUGUCCACUUUGCAUUUCCUGUUACGAUUACCCGAGCCUGAGAGCUCAUUGGGGGUCUCUCAAGAUGGACCAUUGUUUAACUUUUCCAUGCCCGGUUUUUGAGCGGUGGUCAUCCUUUUAGAGAUCAGAAAUAUUCCCCCCAUUUUGUCCAAGCGGCUGACGGGAACAAAGAAUGUCAAAAAUGUGUGGAGGGAUGUUUAUCUAAAGCAGGGAUGUCCAAAGUGCGGCCCGCAGCCCAUGUUUUAUUGGCCCCUCCCACCCACAUUCGAAAAACACGUCCCAGAUUAGAACUUUGCACAAAAAAAUCAAGCUGGCCCCAUUGCCCCUAAAAUUAGGAAUGGGAAACCAAAUUGGCCGACGACCAGCAACUAACUAAAAAGACCAGAGUGCUCCUGUUGUGUAGAAGAACUUAGACCACCACAUUAGCGACUUUUGAACCUUGCUAGCAAACUUAGCACACUGGGUUUCAAACUUGUGAUUUACAUGACUGAGGCGUUCCUCAAGGCACCCCUUUAAAUCCUCUCCUUUUUCCAUAAUGUGAUUUAUGUCAGUAAGGUGUUGAUAUACCUUGUUUACUUCUCAUGCAGUCAUUUGUUCAACUUCUUUAGUUCUCCUAGUGGUGUUCCUCAAGGUUCCACCAUAGGUCCUCUCUUGAUCAUCAUUUGGACUAUACAACUGGUGGUGUUCCUCAAGGUUCCACCUUAGGUCCUCUCUUGAUCAUCGUUUGGACUAUUCAACUGGUGGUAUUCCUGAAGGUUCCACCUUAGGUCUUCUCGUGUUCAUCAUUUGGACUAUUCUGUUCCUCAAGGUUACAACUUAGGUCCGCUCGUGUUCAUUAUUUGAACAAUUCAACUGGUGGCGUUUCUCAAGGUUCCACCUUAGGUCCUCUCUUGUUCAUAAAUGGACUAUUCAACUGGUGGUGUUCUUCAAGGUACACCUUAGGUCCUCUCUUGAUCAUCAUUUGGACUAUUCGACUGGUGUAUUUAACACAAAAUUAAUUUGACUUGGUAGACUGUGCUCUCCUGCUCAAUACAAUAAAUAUUAAUUAAAGAUGAUAAACAAGUACUGGAGUAACUAAUAUGUGCACGGCUGAUAAAUAAGAGUGCAGGGUUGAUGAUGUGAGCACGAGUUACUACACACAGUGACAGAUGAGUUAUGUCACAGAGUUCAUCAGAUUGAUAUCCUGAGGGAAGAAACUGUUCUUCUUCUGUGGUUUGUAAGGCCUGCUGAGGGGAGGAGUUUGAACAGUUUGUGACCAGGGUUUGAGGGGUCUGAAUUGAAACCUGCCUGUUUCCUGACCCUGGACCGUAAUACGUUCUGGGAUGGGGGGAAGAUGGACACCGAUGAUCUUCUCCGCAGUCCUGGUCGUCCGUCGCAGUCUUUGACCAACUUUUGUGCAGAAAGGAAGGUAAAAACAGGAGAUCACUCUUGCAACGCUAAAUAUGCCAAAAUCAAAUGUCUACAGUAGAGGACGCUGGUACUUUGUAAUAUAAAAAAGAGUUUUCGUAAUAACGCUGUUACUUUUACUAGUAACGAGUAAUAUAAUUAACUAAUUUUAAGUCUGUUACAAUGCCGUUAGCGAUAGCGUGAUGUUAACGUGGCACGCUAAUUUUGAUGUGGUUUUGUUGACAACAAGACAGCGUGAGAAGUGCAGCAAGUUUACAGGAAUUAUCUUUUUACUUGUGAAAGCAACAAGCAGCAUCGCACUAAAAUUAACUUGAUAUCAAACAGGAAGAGACAACAAAUCAAUAACAGAAAGUGACAAACUUGCCAUCCAAACAAUACCCCGUUUGUUGACAAGAAGAUAUGACAGCCAUGGAAGCACCUUCAAUCUUUUUAUUAAGCAAAGGUAACAAAAUCCGGUGAGUCGACAAAGUGCGCUGCUAACCGCUAAAGCUAAAAACACAGCUCCGUUGAAGCCCUUGAUGACGUCCCACGUCACUAGGCAACAGGCCCUGCCUUUUUAAAAACGCAGACUCCGCACACUGUGCUUCUAAUAUUUAACAUCUCUCAAAUGUAUACACCAGAUACUUAAAGGUUUUUUUUAAGUAACGUAUAAAUUAGUUUCCCGAGUAAUUAAUUACAUGUAUUAAAGAGUAAUUCCGUUAGUAAUUCAAUUACUUUUUUGGUAAAGUAACGAGUAACUAUAAUCAAAUACUUUUUAAAAGUAUUUUUCAGAACAGGGACAAAAAAAUAAGACUGAUAGUAAAGGGAGAAGUCUGGCCCCCUGAUCCUUAGCGUUCUGGAAAUGUGGCCCCCAAAUCAAUGUAGUGGAAUAUGCCUGUUAUAUAGUAUAUGGUCUUGAAUGAUUUCCAUGUGUCCUGUCACACAAAACCCAAAACCAGUGAAGUUGGUACGUUGUGUAAAUGGUAAAUAAAAACAGAAUACAACAAUUUGCAAAUAAUUUUCUACUUAUAUUCAAUUGAGUAGAAUGCAAAGACAAGAUAUUUAAUUUUCCAACUGAUAAUUCAUAUUUUAUUUCUGCAAAUAAUCAUUAACUUAGAAUUUAAUGGCAGCAACACAUUAUUGAUGCAUUCACAGAUGUGUAAGUUACCCAUGUCUUGGGCACUAAUACACCCCCAUACCAUCACACAUGCUGGCUUUUACACUUUCACCCUAGAACAGUCCGGAUGGUUCUUUUCCUCUUUGGUCCACAGUUUCCAAAAACAAUUUGAAAUUUGGACUUGUCAGACCACAGAACACUUUUCCACUUUGCAUCAGUCCAUCUUUGAGGAGAUCAGGCCCAGCGAAGCGUUUCCGGGUGUUGUUGAUAAAUGGCGUUGGCUUUGCAUGGUAGAGUUUUAACUUGCACAUACAGAUGUAGCGACCAACUGUAGUUACUGACAGUGGUUUUCUGAAGUGUUCCUGAGCCCAUGUGGUGAUAUCCUUUACACACGGAUGUCACUUUUUGAUGCAGUACAGCCUGAGGGAUCGAAGGUCCGUAAUAUCAUCGCUUACGUGCAGUGAUUCCUCUAGAUUCUCUGAACCUUUUGAUGAUAUUACGGAGCGUAGAUGGUGAAAUCCCUAAAUUCCUUGCAAUAGCUGGUUGAGAAAUGUUGUUCUUAAACAAUUUGCUCAGGCAUUUGUUGACAAAGUGGUGACCCUCGCCCCGUCCUUGUUUGUGAAUGACUGAGCAUUUCAUGGAAGCUGCUUUUAUACCCAAUCAUGGCACCCACCUGUUCCCAAUUAGCCUGUUCACCUGUGGGAUGUUCCAAAUAAGUGUUUGAUGAGCAUUCCUCAACUUUCUUGGUCUUUUCUGCCACUUGUGCCAGCUUUUUCGAAACAUGUUGCAGGCAUCAAAUUCCAAAUGAGCUCAUAUUUGCAAAAAAAUAACAAAAGUUUUCCAGUUCGAAGAUUAAAUAUCUUGUCUUUGCAGUCUAUUCAAUUGAAUAUAAGUUGAAAAGGAUUUGCAAAUCAUUGUUUUCUGUCUUUAUUUACCAUUUACACAACGUGACAACUUCACUGGAUUGGGGUUUUGUAAAAAGAAAACAUGUCUUGGAAGUAAUGGUCAGUUUUGGAGUGUGCUAAAUCCCGCCCGGAGUUCCUCAAGGCUCUGGUUGCUGUGGAGCUGUCUUGGUUGACAAGACUCUGCAACAUCGCGUGUACAUCGGGGGCGGUACCUCUGGAUUGGCAGACCGGAGUGGUGGUUCCUCUCUUUAAAAAGGGGAACUGGAGGGUGUGUUCCAACUAUCGUGGGAUCACACUCCUCAGCCUUCCCGGUAAGGUCUAUUCAGGUGUACUGGAGAGGAGGCUACGCCGGAUAGUCGAACCUCGGAUUCAGGAGGAACAGUGCGGUUUUCGUCCUGGUCGUGGAACUGUGGACCAGCUCUAUACUCUCGGCAAGGUCCUUGAGAGUGCAUGGGAGUUUGCCCAACCAGUCUACAUGUGCUUUGUGGACUUGGAGAAGGUAUUCGACUGUGUACCCCGGGAAGUCCUGUGGGGAGUGCUCAGAGAGUAUGGGGUAUCGGACUAUCUGAUUGUGGUGGUCCGCUCCCUGUAUGAUCAGUGUCAGAGCUUGGUCCGCAUUGCCGGCAGUAAGUCGGACACGUUUCCAGUGAGGGUUGGACUCUGCCAAGGCUGCCCUUUGUCACUGAUUCUGUUCAUAACUUUUAUGGACAGGUAAGGUCUAUUCAGGUGUACUGGAGAAGAGGAUACGCCGGAUAGUCGAACCUCUGAUUCAGGAGGAACAGUGUGGUUUUUGUCCUGGUCGUGGAACUGUGGACCAGCUCUAUACUCUCGGCAAGGUCCUUGAGGGUGCAUGGGAGUUUGCCCAACCAGUCUACAUGUGCUUUGUGAACUUGGAGAAGGUAUUCGACUGUGUACCCCGGGAAGUCCUGUGGGGAGUGCUCAGAGAGUAUGGGGUAUCGGACUGUCUAAUUGUGGCGGUCCGCUCCCUGUAUGAUCAGUGUCAGAGCCUGGUCAGCAUUGCCGGCAGUAAGUCGGACACGUUUCCAGUGAGGGUUGGACUCCGCCAAUGCUGCCCUUUGUCACCCAUUCUGUUCAUAACUUUUAUGGACAGAAUUUCUAGGCGCAGUCAAGGCGUUGAGGGGAUCCGGUUUGGUGGCUGCAGGAUUAGGUCUCUGCUUUUUUUAGAUGAUGUGGUCCUGAUGGUUUCAUCUGGCCAAGAUCUUCAGCUCUCACUGGAUUGGUUCGCAGCCGAGUGUGAAGCGACUGGGAUGAGAAUCAGCACCUCCAAGUCCGAGUCCAUGGUUCUCGCCCAGAAAAGGGUGGAGUGACAUCUCCGGGUUGGAGAGGAGAUCUUGCCCCAAGUGGAGGAGUUCAAGUACCUCAGAGUCUAGUUCACGAGUGAAGGAAGAGUGGAUUGUGAGGUCGACAGGCGGAUCGGUGCGGCGUCUUCAGUAAUGCGGACGUUGUAUCGAUCCGUUGUGGUAAAGAAGGAGCUGAGCCGGAAGGCAAAGCUCUCAAUUUACCGGUCGAUCUACGUUCCCAUCCUCACCUAUGGUCAUGAGCUUUGGGUUAUGACCGAAAGGACAAGAUCACGGGUACAAGCGGCCAAAAUGAGUUUCCUCCGCCGGGUGGCCGGGCUCUCCCUUAGUGAGAAGCUCUGUCAUCCGGGAGGAACUCAAAGUAAAGUGGCUGCUCCUCCACAUGGAGAGGAGCCAGAUGAGGUGGUUCGGGCAUCUGGUCAGGAUGCCACCCGAACGCCUCCCUAGGGAGGUGUUUAGGGCACGUCCGACUGGUAGGAGGCCACGGGGAAGACCCAGGGUAUCUGGUUUGGUGGUUGCAGGAUUAGGUCUCUUCUUUUUGCAGAUGAUGUGGUCCUGACGGCUUCAUCCGGCCAGGAUCUUCAGCUCUCAAACAUGUCAAAAUAAAAUGAUAAUUUGCUUUGUUUCCAAAGCCAGAAUGUGGACUGUAUGUUCAGAUGUUAGCACUGAUUGUAUUAGUUUGAGCAUAUUUCAUGUAGAAAAUGUGCCAAAGUGGCCCCCCACACCUUUCAUUUUGGACAUCCCUGAUCCAUAGGAGUAUUUACUGCUUACAAAAGAUGAAAUAUGAAUUAAUUUUUAAGGAUUUUGUGCGAAGACGGAUUGGGGAAAAAACAUUCUGUAGUCAGACAUGUCAAAUGUCCGUCAAGGCCGACAAAGUUUGACACGUUGCCAAGCGAUUGCCGAAAUGUUGUGUUGCUCCUCUUUCUUUCCUGCGGAUACGAUAGUUUCCAUCUCUCUUUACCUUGGAAGCGUUUUAAGGCGCACUCAUCACACCCACCGCUUGGCCCGGCGUUACGUUGAUGAAUGUGAACAAAUGGGCGAUGGAUAAAGCCUCAUUACUCCCACUCAAGUGCUGCGGAUGAAGUGUUUCUUCACUGGAAAUGUUGCAGAUGACAUCCAGGUCUGACAAAAUAUUCCGUCUCACUCCACCGAAUGACUUUGUUUGUAUGUCACUUCUCAUGCAAC